AGGUGGAGGUGGCAAGUGAACAGAGGAUGCGUCUUUUUCUCCCUUCCUUUGUCAUCUUUCUCCAUGUGGGUUUUUAUAUUUAUUUACUUAUACUCAGUUUUAUUCCAAAACUUCUUUGAACUGGGUCAUAAAGCCAACUGCAUAUUGUAAAGUAGAAGAAACUAAGCUCUGAGAAAUCAGGGGCCAUCCAUUCUGGAACCAGAACAGAAACCUCUGAGCCUGUCCGGGAUGUGAAGUCAACAUAUAUAAAGCCAGAAUGUUCUAUCCUUGGCCCAGGUGAUGCUCUUGGAACACAGCAAGCAAACACAUGCACCCAAGUAGUGCCUAGGGAACUCGAGGCUCUCCAAGUAAAAAAGGAGAGAGGGUCAGAAGAGAUGCCCAGCAGACUGCCACUUGGUAGACAAGGGGCAAAGCUAUCCAGAUCCAAAAAUUGGGUGCAACCUAGUUUUGUGCUCCCAGAAGACAUCGAGAUGGCAAGGAAGGCGUGUAACCAAGCCCCUGAAAUAAUCGCGAUCAGCAGUGAAGACUCUGAUUCCUGUGAGGGCGAAGAGCCCCUGGAAGCCUCCAGCUCAGCAUCAAUGCCCAGGCCUGGUGAGAAGGGCAAAGACCAUUCGUGCGGGGCUCCAGGACCUUAGACGUCUGAAUUUAGAGUGUCUGCUUCCCAAUGCAUUUCAACUGGAGUGCACUCCAUAGCCAUGAUCCAGUUAUCCCUGGUGCUCUUUUUGUGCUCUCACCUCACCUGGCACUUUGGGAAAUGGGAGAGGCAACCUUCAUUGAAUAUGUGUGCUCUGGUAUUGACAUUAGGUUAGAAAGAAGCUAGCAUAUUUCUGUUGCUUUUCCCUUUCACAUUGAUCUGGUUUGAAUUUGUGUCCCCACCCAAAUCUCAUGUGGAAUUGUAAUCCCCAAGGUUGGAGGAGGGGCCUGGCGGGAGGUGAUUGACUCAUGGGUGUUGACUCCUCUCUUGCUAUUCUUAUGAUAGUGAGUGAGCUCUCAUGAAAUCUGGUUGUUUACAAGUGUGUGGCACUUCCCCCUUCACACACUCUCUCCUGCCUCACCAUGUGAUGAUGUGCCUGCUUCUCCUUCACCUUCCGCCAUGAUUGUAAGUUCCUAGAGGUCUCCCCAGCCAUGCUUCCUGUACAGCCUAUGGAACUAUGAGUUAAUUAAACCUCUUUUCUUCAUAAAUUACCUAGUCUCAGGUAGUUCUUUAUGGCAAUGCGAGAGCAGACUAAUACAGGAAAUUGUUACUGGGAGAGGGGCAUUGCUAUAAAGAUACCUGAAAAUGUGGAAGCAACUUUGGAACUGGGUAAUGGGCAGAGAUUGGAACAGUUUGGAGAGCUUAGAAGAAGACAGGAAGAUGAGAGAAAGUUUGGAACAUGCUAGAGACUUGUUAAAUUGUUGUGACCAAAAUGCUGAUCAUCAUAUGGACAGUGAAGUCCAGGCUGAGGUGGUCUCAGAAGGAGAUGAGGAACUUAUUGGGAAAUGGAGUAAAGGUCACUCUUGCUAUGCUUUAGCAAAGAGACUGGUGGCAUUGUGCCCCUGUUCUAGGAAUCUAUGGAACUUUGAACUUGAGAGAGGUGAUUUAGGGCAUCUGGUGGAAGAAAUUUCCAAAGAGCAAAGCAUUCAAUAUGUGACCCGGCUGCUUCUAACAGCAUACUGCCAUAUGUGUGAGCAAAACGAUGAUCUGAAAUGGGAACUUAUAUUUAAAAGGGAAGCAGAGCAUGAAAGUUUGGAAAUUUUGCAGCCUGACCAUGUGGUAGAAAAUUAAAACCCGGGAGGAGGCAGGAACCAGAGCGCGAGCAGUAGCUGGGUGGGCACUGUGGCUGAGAUCACCAUCGAGGCGGUGAAGUGCAAGAUCCAGGUUCUGCAGCAGCAGGCAGAUGAUGCAGAGGAGCGAGCUGAGCACCUCCAGCGAGAAGCUGAGGGAGAAAGGCAGGCCUGGGAACAGGCUGAGGCUGAGGUGGCCUCCUUGAACCGUAGGAUCCAGCUGGUUGAAGAAGAGCUGGACCGUGCUCAGGAGCACCUGGCCACUGCCUUGCAAAAGCUGGAAGAAGCGGAAAAAGCUGCUGAUGAGAGUGAGAGAGGUAUGAAGGUUAUUGAAAAUCGGGCCUUAAAAGAUGAAGAAAAGAUGGAACUCCAGGAAAUCCAACUCCAAGAAGCUAAGCACAUUGCAGAAGAGCCAGACAGGAAGUAUGAAGAGGUGGCUCAUAAGUUGGUGAUCAUUGAAGGAGACUUGGAAGGCACGGAGGAACCAGCUGAGCUGGGAGAGUCCCAUUGCCAAGAGAUGGAUGAGCAGAUUAGACUGAUGGACCAGAACCUGAAGUGUCUGAGUGCUGCUGAAGAAAAGUACUCUCAAAAAGAAGACAAAUAUGAGGAAGAGAUCAAGAUUCUUACUGAUAAACUCAAGGAGGCAGAGACCCGUGCUGAGUUUGCUGAGAGAUGGGUAGCCAAGCUGGAAAAGACAAUUGAUGACUUGGAAGAUAAACUGAAACGCACCAAAGAGGAGCACCUCUGUACACAAAGGAUGCUGGACCAGACUCUGCUUGACCUGAAUGAGAUGUAGAACGCCCCAGUCCCACCCUGCUGCUGCUCCUCCCUCUGACCCAGACUCCGCCUGAGGCCAGCCUGCCGGAAGCUGACCUUAAACUGAGGGCUGAUCUUUAACUGGAAGGCUGCUUUCUCCUUUUGCCGCCCCCUCCUUCCCUGUGUCUUUUUCACCAAACUGUCUCUGCCUCUUCUUAGAGAAUCCAGCUGGGCUAGAGGCUGAGCACCUUUGGAAACAACAUUUAAGGGAAUGUGAGCACAAUGCAUAAUGUCUUUAAAAAGCAUGUUGUGAUGUACACAUUUUGUAAUUACCUUUUUUGUUGUUUUGUAGCAACCAUUUGUAAAACAUUCCAAAUAAUUCCACAGCCCUGAAGCAGCAAUCGAAUCCCUUUCUCACUUUUGGAAGGUGACUUUUCACCUUAAUGCAUAUUCCCCUCUCCAUAGAGGAGAGGAAAAGGUAUAGGCCUGCCUUACUGAGAGCCAAACAGAGCCCAGGGAGACUCCACUAUAGGAAACCUCAUUGCUCUGUACAAAGUACUAGCUAAACCAGAAAGGUGAUUCCAGGAGGAGCUAGCCAAACAACAACAAAAACAAGAAAUGUUCUGUUCAAGUUUUCAGCUUUAAGAUAUCUUUGGAUAAUGUUAUUUCUAUUUUGUAUUUUUUUCAUUAGAAGUGACCAAAUUAAGAUGGUAAGACCUCUGAGACCAAAAUUUUGUCCCAUCUCUACCCCCUCCCACCAGCUUACAGAAUGGAUCAUGUCCCCCUUAUGUUGAGGUGAUCACUUAAUUGCUUUCCUGCCUCCUUGAAAGAAAGAAGAUCAUGUUUUUGCCACUGAUUUAGCCAUGUGAAACUCAUCUCAUUACCCUUUUCUGGGUUUGAAGCUGCUGUCUCUAGAAGUGCCAUCUCAUUGUGCUUUGUAUCAGUCAGUGCUGGAGAAAUCUUGAAUAGCUUAUGUACAAAACUUUUUAAAUUUUAUAUUAUUUUGAAACUUUGCUUCUUUGGGUUUGUGGCACCCUGGCCACCCCAUCUGGCUGUAACAGCCUCUGCAGUCUGUGGGCUGGCAGUUUGUUGAUCUUUUAAAGUUUCUUUCCCUACCUAGUCCCCAUUUUCUGGUAAGGUUUCUAGGAGUUCUGUUAGGUGUACAUCCUGCAGCUUAUUGGCUUAAAAUGUACUCUCCUUUUAUGUGGUCUCUUUGGGGCCGAUUGGGAGAAAGAGAAAUCAAUAGUGCAACGGUUUUGAUACUGAAUAUUGACAAGUGUCUUUUUGAAAUAAAGAACCAGUCCCUCCAAAAAAAAAAAAGAAAAAGAAAAAGAAAAGAAAAACCCAUUUUCUGUAGAGGAUUUCAAGUUGGCUGCAGAAAUUUGCAUAAGUAAAGAGGAGCCAAAUGUUGAUAGCUGAGAUAAUAGGGAAAAUGCCUUGAAGGCAUUUCAGAGACCUUUGCGGUAGUCCCUCCCAUCACAGGCCUGGAGGCCUAAGAGGGAAGAAUGGUUCUGUGGGCCAAGUCCAGGGCCCCACUGCACUUUGCAGCCUUGGGACAUGGCACCUUGCAUUGCCACUGCUCCAACUCCAGCUGUGGCUAAAAGGGGCCAAGGUACUGUUCAGGGCAUUGCUUCAGAGGGUACAAGCCCCAAGCCUUGGCAGCUUCCAUGUGAUAUUAAGCCUGUGGGUACACAGAGUGCAAAAGCUGAGUCUUGGGUGCCUCUGCCCACAUCUCAGAGGAUGUAUGGGAAAUCUGGAUGUCCAGGCAGAAGUCUGCUUUAGGGGGCAGAGCCCUUAUGGAGAACCUCUACUAGGGCAGUGCAGAGGGGAAUAUGGGGUUGGAGCCCCCACACAGAGUUCCCACUGGGGCACUGCCUAGUGCAGCUGUGAGAGGAAGGCCACCAACCUCCAGACCCCAGAAUAGUAGAUCCACUGACAGCUUGCAUCGUGCACAUGGAGAAACCACAGGCACCCAAUAUCAGCCUAUGAAAGCAGCUGAGGGUGUUGUACUCUGCAGAGCCACAAGGGUGGAGGUGUCCAAGGCCUUGGGAGCCCACCCCUUGUAUCAGUGUGGCCUGAAGGUGAGACAUACAGUCAAAGGAGAUUAUAGGUUUUAGACUGAAUGACUGCCCUGCUGGGUUUCAGACUUGCAUGGGAUCAUAGUCUCUUUGUUUUUGCCAACUUCUCACAUUUGGAAUGGGAGCAUUUACCCAAUGCCUGUACCCCCAUUGUAUCUUGAAAAUAACUAACUUGUUUUUGAUUUUACAGGUUCAUAGGCUGAAGGAUCUUACCUUGUCUCAUGAGAAUUUGGACUAUGGACUUUUGUGUUAAUGCUGAAAUGAGUUUAAACUGGGGGACUGUUGACUAUUGAGAAGGGAUCAUUGUAUUUUGCAAUGUGAGAAGGACAUGAGAUUUGGGAGGGGCCAGGGAGGAAUUAUAUGGUUUGGAUUUGUGUUCCUGCCCAAAUCUCAUGUUGAAUUGUAAUCCCCAGCGUUGGAGGAGAUGCCUGGAGGCAGGUGAUUGGAUCAUGGGGGAGGACAACCCCCUUGGUGUUCUCAUGAUAAUGAGUGAGUUCUCAUGAGAUUUGGUUUUUUAAAAGUGUGUAGCACUUCCCCCUUCACUCUUUCUCUCCUGCUUUACCAUGGUAAAAUGUACUUGCUUCCCCUUUGCCGUCUUCCGUGAUUGUAAGUUUCUUGAGGCUUCUUGGCUAUGCCUUCUUUAUAGCCUGUGGAACUGUAAGUCAAUUAGACCGCUUUUCUUCAU